AUGCCUUGCUGCGAACUUGAAGUUCCUUUCAACGUCACUUCUGCAGCAGGUUUUUUGCUCCUAGGACUCAUUUUCAACUGGGGACUUUUUGGAAUUUGCAUCGUUCAAAUUUAUAUAUAUUACCUUUCAUUUCCCAAUGACAAGUGGAGGCUGAAACUUCUGGUGUAUUCACUUUUCAUUGUGGAGACUGCGCAGACCCUUCUCGUCACUCAUGACAUGUACAAUAUAUUUGCGACGGAGUUUGGGAACAUUCGAAACCUUGGACAGAUUCACAUCUUCUGGAUCACUACGGCGAUUGCUACGGGCCUAGUGAGUAGUGCCGUACAAAUUUAUUUUGCUCACCGUAUCUGUAUUUUCUCCGGUUCGAACUUGAUAGGGUACACGCUGUCUAUUAUCGCUCUUAUACAAGGCUCGGCGGCAAUUGUUGAAGGCGUAUUCUUCCACAUUUCCACAGCCAACUUUGCUGAGGUACAAUCUGAUAGAAAAACCCAUAUUAUCGCAAUUAUAUGGCUAGCGGGGAGCGCCAUUUGCGAUGUUCUGAUAGCAUUAUCGAUGACAUAUUAUGAAAAGCUUUCUAGAGCAAAAGAGAACACGGUUUUUCGCCAAACUCGUGCAAGGCUGAAUAAAGUUAUUCGUCUCACAGUUGAGACGGGAGCAACCACGGCAGUAUUUGCUACUGCGGACAUGGUUCUUUACCUUGGGUUUCCUGGGACAGAGUACUGCGCCGUGCCCGCCUUGAUCCUGGCCAAACUUUACACGAACACUCUCCUUUAUACACUCAACAAUCGCCGAUGCGGAGCUUUCGGAGGUCAAGAUGAAUUGUCCUCGCGUGAAGGGACUUGGACUCUCCAAUUUUGGAAUCGUAUGCUCCAGACUUCGCAAGUAGGAAGCCGUGAUCCUAUCGAAGGGAUACCCACUAUUUAA